GAAAGGUAGAAAAUGGAGAAGCAAAAUGCGAGAGAAAAAACAAAGGGGCCUAAUGAUUCAGGUAAAGGAGCCAUUGAAGGGCUUGCAAUUGAGCAUAGUCCUUACUUGAAUUAUAAGGACUUAGAAGAUUAUAAAAAUCAAGGCUAUGGUGCUCAAGGUCAUGAACAACCAAAGGAAGGUCGUGGAGCUGGAGCAACCGAGGCACCUACUCUUUCUGGUGCUGAUGUUUCACUUCAAGGACAAUUUAAUGUUGCUGAUGCUGCUCAUAGGAAAUCAGUUCCUUAAAAAAUUGUUUAUAGAUUGUUAUAUUUUCUAUGUUUGCAUUUAUAUUUAGCGUUGUGUUUUGGAUGUAUAAUAUAUUUUGGAUGUUUUCUUGAAUAUAUUUCUUACCCUUCUAAUUUUAGAGGGUAGAUUACUUUUUGAAACCUAUAGUUGAGAUAAAAUUCGGAGGAUUGAAUCAACAUGGCAGAUUAAAGAAACCAUAUAAUUGACACCAAUA